CGUAAGCUCAGAACAAAUAAAUUGUCAGCUUAUAAACAACUUUCCGAUCAGACCAUCGGCAAACAUAAACCAAUUCCCGUUCCAUAUACACUGAAUCGACUUAGUGAUCUUCAUUGCUAGCGCUUACACAGGACUCGCAGAUUACUCUCUUCUCUAAACUAACAAUCUUUUACAAUGAAGUAUUUUCAGUAGAGUGACUCAAGACAAUAUAAAGUUAGCUACCAAAUUAUCAAAACUUUGAAAGGAAACAUACCUUCAUGCCUUAAACUGUUAUUGAUAGUCAAAGUCAUUUUGUUUAUAUUGCUCAAUAAACAUUAGUAGAUUUAAGUCUAUCUCUCAAAAGUGUAACGUGUUCUUGUAGGAAUGAAGAAAUUUUUGGAUACUACUAAUACUAAGCUCAAUAGGGCUUUGCAGAAAACAAAUGAAGUCAUAGGAAGAGCUGAAAAGACGGAAUUCGAUGAGGAAUUUGUUUCACUAUUAAAGCAAGCAGAAUCCACACAUGAAGCAUCUAAGCACAUUAUGGAGGCCAUCGAGCAGUGGAUCAACCCAUGUGUCUUAAAGAAGUUCGAUGAUGUCGCUUGCAAAGUAGAAAGUAUGGUCACAGAUAAUAAAAGUUAUUGGCUAAAGGUUCCUGCAAAGUUACCUGCCGAACAUCUUGGGGAUACACUACUCAACGUAGCUGUUAGUGUCGGAGCUGGUACUGCAUAUGGUGCAGCAUUGUCACAAUGUGGCGAGUACAGUCGUCAAAUGGCUGCAGCUGAAAGUCAAAGGAAUGCGAUACUAGAAAAGAAAACAUUAUGUGUAUUACAUCAUUUUUUGGCACUUGAAUGGCCUGAAAUACAAAAAGAACUUAGUCAUUUGGAGUCGUAUCGUUUGGAUUAUGAUAAAUUAAGAAGUAAAGUGAAGCAUAAUGAACAUCCAGAUGCUGAAACUUUGACAAAAAUGGAAGACGCUAAAACCGUUCUUUAUAAACAAUUAGAAAAAACUAGAGCUAAACUACAGCAGGUCAAGUCGGUAAAUGACUCUAAUAUGAUUGCACUAAAAGAAUUAGUAGCAGCUCAACGAACUUAUUUCAGUGAAUGCAGACAAAGGACUGAAGAAUUGUCUGCUCAAAUGGAACGAUUGAAGUAAACAUAUAUUUUUCGGGAAGAAAAGAGAUUAAAAUAAAAUAAAAACAUAACGCCAAUCUUGUGUCUUCCCCAUGCAACAGUCACUCUAUACAACUACUCUAUUGAAGCUCCAAUAAUAAAAAUGAUUUUUCAGUCUUUUUAGUCACAAAUUCUUCGUGUUUCUCAUCGACUUAAAACUGCUCGUUUUUUUUCUUGGGAUGUUAACAUACUUCUGCCGUUCAGUGUAUAUUUAUAUUAAUGUCUAUAUUAUUUGCCUUUUAACUUUCAAUAAUAUCAAUAAUUACAUUAUUGAAUUCAAUAAGGAAUUCACUUAUUUCUUUUCAGUACUUUCAUAGCUAUUCUUGGAUCUAUAUUUGUGUACGUGUGUUUUCUUUUCUGGUUUAUGUGUAUUUUCAUACAUUUAUUGUGUCUUUUUGGGGGGGAAGGGCAAAACUGUACCAGGAUAUUUUCUUAAACGAACCACUCAAGUCAUCAUUCACUAGUGGAAAAUUAAUGGCCUUCAAAUGCCUUUUUCAUGCUAUUUGGUAUUCUUCAGUUAGCGGAGCAUAUCUGAAAUCUUCGAAGAACUGACACUGAUCACGGGUUUCGAGAUCGCGUCAUAUAGUGUUGUAGUGAAGAUCACUGUCGCUGAGUUAUUUGGGUGGACAGUUUACUUUAAAGCAAUAAAAUGAAGUUACUUGUAAAACGCUUUCUUAGUUUCUUAUCGAAUCUAUUUCACUCGAACUAAGACAGCAAAAUCAUUUGGUCGAAAAGAAGAUAUUUCUUUGCUUAACCUGUGAUUUUGUUCAAUCGAGAAGCAUGCCGUUACAUAUCUUUUUUUUCGUUUAACUACCUUAUAAUACGACAAAUAAUGUUGUAUCCUGGAUGUCUAGGACAAAUAUUAGAUUCUUAUUUUUAUCCCUAUUUGUUUAUCUUCUUCUACACUCACUUAUCUUCACAAUUCACGUUUAAUCAGUAAACUUAACCUGGUUGUUCGUUAUUUUCCAUAUGCAUAUAUUCUCUAACCAACUUAAAAAUACGAUAACAAUUUGUUACUGGGUCAUUAAACUUCUCAACCACUCACCUG